UGAACUUUGUAUGACUGGGAUCUCAUACACUUAUUCGACUUGACUGGAUUUUAGUCUCACUGAUGUGAUAGAAACUUCAUUUCAUUUUCACCGUUUAGACUGUAAGUGACGCUGUUGGUAAGCAAAACAUUUUCUGUGUUGCGUCGUCGUUCAGCCCAACCCCAUGAGUGACGAUACAGAGAAGAAAGUCACUCUGUGUUUGUCGAGGUUUGUGGUUAACACGGACGGACAGACUUGUGCAGAUAUUCUUAAAAGGAUUUCACAUGUAAGUAGAACACGGAUGUACCAGGACCUAUAUUAUCAAUACGUUCACAGAAUACGGAUCUUUUUCUUCGGCUUUGCUUUUGGUCAUGACGACUCUAAGAUGUUUAUCCUACAUGCCUGUGAAAUGGGGAUUAUUUUGUGGACAUCGACGGCAAAUGGGACUGAUAAUUUUGCUGCUUCAUGUGUUCACCAUGGUGGGUGGACAAAUCCGUUAUUCUAUACCCGAGGAGAUGAAGAAAGGAUCUGUUAUCGGUAAUGUAGCGCAAGAUCUCGGUUUGGAUCUGAAACGGCUUCGCUCUGGGAGGGCCCGCAUCGUGACCGGAGAAAACGUUCACUACACCGAGCUAAAGACAGACAAAGGGAUUCUAGUUGUGAACGAGAGAAUAGACCGAGAGCAGCUUUGCGGAGACGUAACGCCGUGUAGCUUCAGUUUUGAGGUGAUUUUAGAAAAUCCAAUCGAACUGCACAGAAUAACAGUUGAGGUUUUGGAUAUUAACGAUCACGCUCCUGUCUUUCCAAACAAAGAUAAACCUAUCAGUUUUGAGAUAAGUGAAUCGGCCGCUGUCGGAGUUCAGUUUCCACUGCAGAGUGCGGAGGAUCUAGAUGUAGGCCAGAACGCGUUGCAAGAUUAUAUUCUAUCAACAAACGAUAAUUUUAUAUUAAAGCAACAUUCAAAUCCAGACGGAGGUAAAUAUGUUGAGAUGGUGCUGCAGAAGCCUUUAGACAGAGAGCGAGACCCACGAUUGUCCUUAAAACUAAUCGCAGUUGACGGAGGGACACCACAGAGAUCUGGUACAGUUAAUAUAGAUGUUGUUGUAUUAGAUGUGAACGACAAUGCUCCAGUUUUCCACCAGUCCGUGUACAAAGCCUCUCUGGUGGAAAACACAAUUAAAGGUACAGGUAUUAUUACAGUAAAUGCUACAGAUGCUGACACUGGUACAAACGGACUCAUUACUUACAGCUUGUCUAAAAUGAAAGGAAGUGCAGCAGAUAUUUUCACUAUUGAUGAAUCCACUGGAACACUUUAUGUGUCUGGUCAAAUAGACUUUGAAAAAAACAGAAAAUAUGAGGUAAGAGUGGAGGCCAAGGAUCACGGCGGUCUAACAGGGACUAGUAAAGUUAUAUUUGAUGUCAUUGAUGUAAAUGACAAUUCCCCAGUUUUAAAUGUCAUGUCAUUUUCUAGUCCCCUGUCUGAGGAUGCACCUCCUGGUACAACGAUCGGGGUUUUAAACAUAAAAGAUGCAGAUUCUGAGAGAAAUGGUCAAAUUAAAUGUUCUAUAGAGGGAAAACUUCCCUUUAAAAUAGAGUCAUCUCUGACAAACUAUUACAAUUUGGUCUCAGAUCAACAGUUUGAUCGAGAAUCUGUGUCAGAAUAUAACAUUACAAUCACUGCCACCGAUUUUGGGUCUCCUCCUCUGUCGAGCUCAACAAAAUUGCAUCUUAAAAUCUCUGACAUCAAUGAUAAUGCACCAGUGUUUGAUAAAAGCAGCUACUCUGCUUACAUCUCAGAGAAUAAUUCCCCUGGGUUUUCUAUAUUUGCUGUCAGUGCAUGGGACUCUGAUUGGAAUCAAAAUGCCAGAAUCUCGUAUCUUUUAGAGGACACAGAAGUUAAUGGUAGUCCAGUUUCUACUUAUGUGUCUUUAAACUCUGAAACUGGAGUUGUUAGUGCUGUUCACUCCUUUGAUUAUGAACAGAUCAAACAGGUAGUUUUCGUUGUCAGGGCUCAGGAUGGAGGCUCUCCUCCACUCAGUAGCAAUGUGACAGUGAAAAUAAUGAUCCAGGACCAGAACGACAACCCUCCUCAGGUUCUGUAUCCAGUCCAGACUGGUGGCUCUCUGGUGGCUGAGAUGGUUCCUCGUUCGGCAGAUGUGGGCUAUCUGGUGACUAAAGUGGUGGCUGUUGAUGUGGACUCUGGACAGAAUGCCUGGCUCUCCUAUAAACUACAGAAAGCCUCAGACAGGGCGCUGUUUGAAGUGGGCUUACAGAAUGGAGAAAUCAGAACUAUCCGCCAAGUAACUGAUAAAGAUGCUGUGAAACAAAGACUGAUUGUUAUAGUGGAGGACAACGGGCAGCCCUCUCGUUCAGCUACAGUCAUUCUUAACGUGGCGGUGGCGGACAGCUUCCCUGAAGUGCUGUCGGAGUUCACUGACUUUCCACAUGACAAGGAGUACAAUGACAACCUGACUUUUUACUUAGUGUUGGCUCUGGCUGUAGUUUCCUUUCUCUUCGUCACGUGUUUAGUGGUUAUCAUAUCAGUGAAGAUCUACAGGUGGAGACAGUCUCGCAUCCUGUAUCACUCCAACCUCCCUGUGAUUCCAUAUUAUCCACCACGUUACUCAGACACUUUGGGGACAGGGACUCUCCAACACGUGUACAAUUACGAGGUGUGCAGGACGACUGACUCCAGAAAGAGUGACUGUAAGUUCGGCAGAGCUGGUAGUCAAAACGUGUUGAUAAUGGACCCCAGUUCUACAGGGACGAUACAGCGGAUGCAGAGUGAGAAGAGUAUCCUGGAUGAACCAGACUCUCCUCUAGAGGUGAGGUGCAGUAAUUUACAUCUAUCCUCAAUGUUGAUCUGAACUGUACGGUUUGAUUUUCAAGUAGACAGUUCAUUUCAGAACCACACAUUGGACAGCUCCUUCAACUGAAAGUGCCUCUUGAUUCUUGAGAACCUUCUUCAAAACUUUGAAACAGCUACCUUCUAUAAAACAAUAUCUUGCUACUACUAAUAAUGAUAACAAUAAUAACAACAAUAACGACAACAACAACAACAAU